GGAUUGGAACACCUGAAUCACAUGAUAUGGAGGUGAUUGGAACACCUGAAUCACAUGAUAUGGAGGUGAUUGGAACACCUGAAUCACAUGAUUGGGAGGGGAUUGGAACACCUGAAUCAAAUCAUACGGAGGGAUUGGAACACCUGAAUCACAUGAUUGGGAGGGGAUUGGAACACCUGAAUCACAUGAUUGGGAGGGGAUUGGAACACCUGAAUCACAUGAUUGAGAGGGGAUUAGAACACCUGAAUCACAUCAUACGGAGGGAUUGGAACACCUGAAUCACAUGAUUGGGAGGGAAUUGGAACAAUUGAAUCACAUGAUCAGGAGGGAA